CUCUUUGCUCUGCGCUGCGCCCUCCGCCUCUGCGUGGAGGAAAGAAAGUCCAAAAAGCGCCGCGGUCGUGGAGCUGAAAACGCGCACACUCCCCGCACGUCAGCGCAGCAUUGUCGUGCGCUCCCAGAUCUUUGUGUUCCCUCCGGGCUGCAGACGGCUGAGGGCGGCAUCAGGUGUUGCGCCUGCGUCUGCUCUGCAGCCCUCGGUCCCGGCUGGGCAGAUGCGCAGAACCGAGUCCUCCUCAGAGCCGCCGAUGACUUUGGAGGCUCCUCUUCCUGCGUCCGCGCGGCUCCGAACACCUGGCAAUGAUUUGAAACAGACUGCAGGCGGGCUGGGAUCGAGUCCAGAAGCUGCAUGUGUGCUUCCUCUCAGGGAAUGAGGGCAUCUCUUCCAGCCUCAUUUCCAGAAGAUCCACUGAGGACAGACAGGGCUGGCAAAAGACUGAUUUCCAGUUUCCAUCCUCCUGAUUCAAUGAAAAUGUCCGUGUGCGUCCACGAGAACCGAAAAUCCAGAGCCAGCACCGGCUCCAUGAAUAUCUACCUUUUUCACAAGUCCUCCUACGCGGACAGUGUCCUCAUGCACCUCAACUCUCUGCGGCAGCAAAGGCUCUUCACAGAUGUCCUGCUUCACGCAGGCAGCCGCACCUUCCCCUGCCAUCGCGCCGUGCUGGCUGCCUGCAGUCGAUACUUUGAGGCCAUGUUCAGUGGGGGGCUCAGAGAAAGCCAGGCCAGUGAGGUGGACUUCCGGGACUCCAUCCAUCCAGAGGUUUUAGAACUCCUGCUGGAUUAUGCGUACUCGUCGCGCGUGGUCAUCAAUGAAGAGAACGCUGAGUCACUACUGGAGGCUGGAGACAUGCUGGAGUUUCAAGACAUCCGCGACGCCUGCGCCGAAUUCCUUGAGAGAAACCUUCACCCAUCCAACUGCCUUGGCAUGCUGCUGCUGUCUGACGCCCACCAGUGCACCAAGCUGUCAGAGCUCUCCUGGGGCAUGUGUCUUAGCAACUUCCCUGCUAUUUGCAAGACAGAGGAUUUCCUCCAACUGCCCAAAGACAUGGUGGUGCAGCUGUUGUCCCAUGAGGAACUAGAGACAGAAGAUGAGAGGCUGGUUUAUGAAGCUGCCCUCAACUGGAUCAACUACGAUCUGGAGAGGAGGCACUGCCAUCUUCCAGAACUCCUCAGAACAGUCCGCCUUGCUCUGCUUCCUGCCAUAUUUUUAAUGGAGAAUGUGUCAACAGAGGAGCUGAUCAACGCUCAGGCAAAGAGUAAGGAACUGGUAGAUGAGGCUAUACGCUGUAAGCUUAAGAUCCUGCAGAAUGACGGCGUUGUCAACAGCCCAUGUGCUCGACCAAGAAAAACCAGCCAUGCCCUCUUCCUUCUGGGUGGGCAGACCUUCAUGUGUGACAAGUUGUACCUGGUUGAUCAGAAAGCCAAAGAGAUCAUUCCCAAAGCUGACAUUCCCAGUCCUAGGAAAGAAUUCAGUGCAUGUGCCAUUGGUUGUAAAGUCUACAUUACAGGUGGAAGGGGAUCAGAGAACGGAGUGUCCAAAGAUGUCUGGGUCUAUGAUACUGUCCAUGAGGAAUGGUCAAAGGCUGCCCCCAUGCUAAUCGCCCGGUUUGGACAUGGCUCUACUGAGCUGAAACACUGUCUCUAUGUCGUUGGUGGACACACUGCAGCUACUGGUUGCUUGCCGGCUUCUCCAUCUGUGUCCCUCAAGCAAGUGGAGCAGUUUGACCCCGUGGCAAACAAGUGGACCAUGGUGGCUCCUUUAAGAGAAGGAGUGAGUAAUGCAGCAGUCGUCAGUGUAAAGCUCAAGCUGUUUGCCUUUGGGGGAACCAGUGUCACUCACGACAAACUGCCCAAAGUCCAGUGUUAUGAUCCGCAGGAGAACCGAUGGACUGUUCCGGCCUCCUGUCCACAGCCGUGGCGUUACACGGCUGCCGCAGUGUUGGGAAACCAGAUCUUCGUUAUGGGUGGUGAUACAGAAUUUUCAGCAUGCUCAGCCUACAAGUUCAGCAGUGAGAACUAUCAGUGGACAAAAGUGGGUGAUGUGACCGCCAAACGAAUGAGUUGCCAGGCGGUGGCAUCGGGAAACAAACUGUACGUAGUGGGCGGAUACUUUGGCACACAGCGAUGUAAAACUCUUGACUGCUAUGACCCCACCCUCGAUGCAUGGAACAGCAUCACUACUGUGCCAUACUCGCUCAUUCCUACGGCUUUCGUCAGCACCUGGAAGCACCUCCCAGCUUGAAUCCAAAAAUUCUUGCACCUUUUCCAUCAGAUUUCCCUUUUUUGCAUCAUCUACCGGUCUCCCUACUGUGAAGAAGCACACAUUCUCCAUCUCUGGAUCAGAAAGGGAUGUACAGACGCCUGUAUUCUUUUUUUCUAUUUCUUUUCAUUCCGUCAGGACGCCGAGGCACGGACGGCUGUUUCUGAGGAGGAGGCCGGGACAUUCAACUGAACCGCUGCUUGCUCGAUGAGGCACAAACUCUGUGUCCACCUUGUGCUUUCGUGAUGCAAACAUAUCACAAACCCCGAUUCUUUUCCUGUUUAGUCUGUCUUUGUGUCUGUUGGUGACACACAGAAAAAAAGCAUGAUGGAUUUUUUGUGCAGACUGAGGUGUGGGGGGAGACUGAAUAAAUGUGCUUUCUUUAAAGGCAUAAUGAAGGAGCAAUGCUCCCCCUCCUCUUUUAGCCUUUUAAGACAUGGCUCUGACGCAGACACAAACCUUGAAGAGUUCCUCUUUAGCUGUCGCCGGCAGUCACGAGGCGUUGAUGAGCAACAGCAGCUGAUGUUGAGGAGGAUCGAGGGGAUCUGUGCAAGGCCAGGAGAGGAGGGGGGGGUUGAGGUACCCCCAGGUCACGACCUUACAUAUCUGGAUCUUUGUGUUGAUGCCUGCCAGGACUGUUUCCAGUGUCUGGAUUGAAGGCUUCAGAAGGAGCGAUGUCACUUUGAACUGUACUCUUAAUGCUGUAUUAGACCGGCUGUGCUUCUGUUCUUCUGAUCAAAGCUUGCUGAGUCACAAUGAACGACCUUCUCUUUUUUUGAGCAUGUCCACUCAUAGUGAUUCAGUCAAACUGGCAUGGUCUCUGCAGAAAUCACCUUAACACAAACUGAGAAUAUACCAGUUUUUUCAUAAACUUACUGCAAUGUAGUCUUAAUUUAUAUAAAAACUAUAACUCUUUUGUUAAAAUAUGCUUUCAUUUCCUUCUCUGCCUGCAUCCAUAUGUGAAUGUACGUUUGGGUUGUGUCAUGCAUGGCCAGGUGUUGUGUUUUGUUUUUUUCUUUGGUCUCAGCGGGGCUGCGUUUUGCACAGUUCAAUCCUUCCCAGGAGGAAUUUGCUCUUUAACAGGCUUGGAGGUGCACCUCCUCUGUUUUUUUUAGCAGUUUCAGGGUGGAUAGAAAAGGAAUGACAUGAGCGCAGAGAUCUCAUGGUUCUUGCAACACACAAAAAAAAUUUUUUUUAAACCUGGACUCAAACAUGGCUGAAGUGAGAUAAAAUUAAAAAAUUUCAAUAAAUGACUGCCGGAAUGGCAACACGUGUGAACCAUGGCCUACUAAAGGUACGGAAGGACAACCCUGGCACGGUUAGGAGUUUUGCAGCUGCACCAAGGACAGCUGGAGGACUGUCCAUUUGGUUGAGAAAGUCUUCUACCCAGAAAGCUGUGCAUUGCUAAGGGCAGACACCGCAGUGCUUUUCACCAUAGUGUCAUUAAUGCACGUUAAAAAGACAAAGAAAAAAAAGAAAAGCUGCAAGUUCCUGCAGACCAAAAAGCAGUGAAAUGUCUUAAAACACUCUGUGAAUAUCUGUGUAUUUGUCUUGUCCAGUCGACCUGAACAUUGACUUGUUACAACAGCCUUUUUGGUUGUAGAAGGUAAUGUCGUGGUGAAAUGUGUAUAUUUUCUUUCUUGCCUGUGGACUCGAGGAGCCGUGCGAGUUCCCGUUGAGCCCCUUUAAGCCGCCCUAAAACACCUUUUAUUGUGAAUUUCGAGACUUGCACGGAGACCAUUGCAGCUCCAUUGUGUUGACCUCAUCAAACCGCCGAACUCAAGAGACUCAACCAAUCAGAUGAAAGCAUUUUUUUCCCGCAGAACACGGGUUUCCCCGGCAACGGCAAGUAAUGAAUGCCCCUUCAAUUUGCACCUAAUUGUCGGGUGGUAUUUCCCCCAUUUCGACUGGGUUUUAUCUAGGAUUCCAGAAAAUACUGUCAAGUGAGCAUCAAUCUUUUGGUUUUUCUUUUUGUCAUGUAAAGUUUAAUUUCUAUUUUUAUGGUGUUAUUUUGUACAUGUGAUUUUUUUCACAAUGUGAAAUUCAUGGCUAAUAAACAUAAGAGUUUUUUCCUCUUAACU